AGUGAUCGUUGAAAUUCAGACCAAUUAAGCUGCAAAAUGUACUCAUUUGUCUCGUCCAUAUUUCGUCAAAACAAAACAAAACAUGCUAUAUUAUUUAUUACGUUUUUAUACAUAUGUAAAUAGCCAUCCACUGACUGAUCAAUCAUCUUUCCUGAAAACAUGCAAUAUUUUGCUCAAGUGUCAUUACAAUACGGUAAUUAACAGCCUACCCAAAUUACUUUUCUUGAAUUGAGUUCAAAAGCCAAUUACCAAUCUGCUUGAGCACUAUAGCUAAAUGACCAGGUUAAAAAUAUCCCGCAUUUUAAUACUUUCGCUAGGAACAGAAAUUAUACUGAUAGUAAGGGGCGUAUAAAAAAGGGUGGUGGAUUAGCUAUCUUUCUCAGGGACACAUUUAGAGGUAGAAUAUAUAAUCCUAAUGUCAAAGUCGACGAACGUAUUGAGUUUCUUGUAAUAUCUGUUAAACCUGAUUUGUUGCCUUACUCACUUUCAAAUAUAAUUAUUAUAUUAAUUUAUAUUCCGCCCCAAUAUGUAACUGAACUAAGUCAAGAGCUUAACGAGUUUUUAAGUAAUGUGGUAACCAAUGUAAAAACCAAAUUUUCUAAGCCUGGUAUAUUUUUGUUUGGCGAUUUUAACCGGUGGGAUUAUGGCCAAUUUGUCGAAACUUCUAAAUUAGAUUUAGUAGUACGUUUCCCUACGUUUUUUAAUUCUAGAUCACAUAGUAUGAGUAACCUUGACUUAAUUUUUACUAAUUUAAAAUCAUAUUAUUGCGAGCCUGUUCCACUGUUAAAGGAACGGCAAGAAAUAGAGUACAUGCUUGUAUCUCCUUUUCACCUUGUCCAUGGUUUGAAUUACGUAAGCCUUUAAAAAUCAUUAAAUGUAAACCCCAACUUAAUCAAUUAGCUAUUCCCUUUGUCGAAGAAUUAAAUAAUUUAGAUGUUGAUAUCCAAAAAUUUGAAUCGUUACCAAUCAAUACCAAAGUCAAUGAGUUAAAUUCUUUAUUACUCUCAAUACAAACUAAAGUAUCGUGUCCUUAUGACAAGGUUAUAAACGAUGGUGAACCCAUUUGGAUGAAUAUUACAUUGAAAAGGUUAUUCAAAGCUAAGCGCAAAGCAAAAAAGAGUAAUAAUGUCAAGCUAGUUUUCGAGUUACAAAGCGAAAUUAAAACGCAAAUUUCCUUUGCUCAGUCUGAAGUGCGUAAAAAUUCAAAGAUAAGAUACCUGGUAUGAAUUCAUCCGAAUGGUAUCAUUUAAUUCGUAAAGUUUGUGGUCUAAAUCCCGUGUCUGCCAUCGACAAAAUUAAAUUAAUAGAUCUGAAAUUUAGUCAGCUAACUGAUAAAGAGCUAGCCGAUGUUGUAAAUUCACAUUUCUCACUAAUUUGUAACACUUUUGAUGAAUGUGAGUCUAUUUCGCUGUGUCCACUCCCUCUAGACUCUUCCCCUAUUAAAGUCAGUGCUCAUGAGGUAGCGAGAGUAAUUAGAAAACUAAAUAAGAAAAAGUCCAACUGUCCGAAUUUAGUCCCUACUGAGCUUAUAAAGUACGCUUCGAAUUUCUUGGAUACUGUGGGACCUGUUGGUCACCACCCUACUCAGUUGACAGCCUGCUACGUAAGUUGUCUCAACCUGAUGCUUGGGCCCUUUAAUAGCCAUUAUCCUCAAUGAAUCUUUUGCAACUUUUACUGUCCCUGAUUGUUGGAAAAUCGGUUUCGUCACCCCCUUACUCAAGAAAGUAACUUGUUCAUCACUUGAUGACGUCCGUGCGAUAACUCAAACUGACGUAUUUUCAAAAAUUGCAGAGAGUUUUAUGUUUGACAGGAUUUAUUCUCAAAUAAUUGAUAAAAUCAACGUUAACCAAUUUGGUGCUUUAAAAAAAUCGUCUACUGCGCAUUAUUUAAUUCAAAUUAACCAUUUUAUUUUAAAAUCAAUCGAAAUUCCUGGCGCUACAGUUUUAAUUGCUGCUAUUGAUAGUCUCAAAGCAUUCGAUUUAGUUGACCACUCGUUGUUGGCCGCACUUCUUGUUGAUCUUGGUGUACACGACAUUGAUAUUUUAUGGUUAUUAUCCUUCUUAAAAUUUCGUAAGCAGAUUGUUAAGUUUGAAAAGUCGUUUUCAAAUCCCAAGAGAUUAACAUGCGGUACACCAGCCGGUACCAAACUAGCUGCUCUUCUGUUUAUUAUCUUAAUUAAUCCGAUUCUGAAUGCAUUAAAAAUCAAAUUACUUGAUAUUAACCCCAAUUUUUGUAUAGCUGGAUAUAUUGAUGAUUUGGUUAUUGCUGAAAGAGUUAUUGGUAAUGCACCCAAAUUGCAAUCUGCACUCAAUAUUUUGAGUGAAGAGUGUAAGGCAGUUAAAAUAACGCCCAAUCCUCGUAAAUGUGAAAUAUUGGUAGUUAAUUUUGAUGGAAGAAGAGUUAAUUUUCCUACUAAGUCCUUUGUAUUGAUUCAGUUCCUAUACCCGUUGUAAAGAGCUUAAAAAUUUUAGGGGUGACUUUUUGCCCAAAUUUUAGUUGGGAUAGUCAUAUAAAAAACAUUGUUGCGAAAGCAAACUCUAAAUUAUUUCAGUUAAGAAAAUUAUUCAAUGCUGGCUUCUCCAGUAAAGAAUUAUUAAUAGCUUACGGUGCAUAUAUUCGGUGUAAUCUUGAGUAUUGUUCAGUUGUGUUUGGCUCUGGCUUGAACCAGAAAUUAGUUUACAAAAUUGAAAGUGUUCAGAAAAAAGCUUUAAGUAUAAUUUUCCGAAAACGAGUUGAUCAUUUAAAUUAUGUUGAAUGCAUGCAGGAAGCUGAGUUGAUAACUUUAAAUGAAAGGAGAGAAUUGGCUCUUAAUAAAUUUGCUUACAAAUUAUUUUUUGGUAGGUAUAGGCACUUUUUGCCGCAAUUCCAGCGUGCUUCGUGCAGUGGUGUGUCAUUGAGGUCAAACAAGGAUUUACUAUUUCAACCGGUAAUUAAGUCGUCAAAAUUUAAAAAUUCCCCCAUUAAUAUGAUAAUCAGCAAAAUUAAUGACGAAUGGAAAUCAAAAUCCACGGUUUUUGGCUUGUCAUUUGAAGCUCUAACAAAUUUGAUAGAUUAUAGCUAACUUUAUACAAACUAAGAGUAGAUAAUAUCUUACGUACAUAUAUAUUGUUAAGUUAAAUAUAGUAAUUUAGCCCUUAGUUAUUGUUAUUUAAUCAUUUAAAGUAAGUUAUUUCUGUUUGUAAGCUCACGAAAAUAGGCUAGUGUGCUAUGCUAAAAUUUCAUUUUGUGCAUUCCCUAGUACUAGUAAAUGAGGGUAAUAAAGGCUAUUAUUAUUAUUAUUAUUAUUAUUAAAUACAUGCUUAUUUUUAACCCGUUACCAAUUCCGCUCAGUCGUUUACUGUGAGUACCACAAUUGAGGAAAGAUGACCUUUUUCAAGCAAAAAACGACCCUUGACCUUGCAACGGUCGAUGUUGACCGGGUAGUCACCUCCUACUUUCCCAACAUGGGAAAAAACAAAAUUUUGUGCAACGUAUCGACUAUAUGUUUACAACACUUUUAAUUUACUUUUGUAACGUUUCCUUCUUCCUAUUAAGCGGCCCAUUUCGCGUCCACGCCGAAGAGGGCAAAGGCUACAUUUUCAAGUCAUACUUGUCCCACAAGAUAUUCAGUGGUGCAUUGCAAACAAUUGGGAUCUACAUCUUCAUAUCUUUUCAAAUAUUUCACCUGGACAAUAUCGACUUCUUAAAACAACCCGAGCAAAGCUAUACACUUUGCCAAGGCAUCAGUGCCAUUGCAUACACGGUACUUCAUUUUCGACUCAUGUGGACUCGUCAAUCCAAGAUUAUGAACGUGCUACAUCUUCGCCCUUCUUCUUCUAAGAUACCUUCGUCCAGCGAUGUGAAAUACCGUGAUCGCAAAAUUAUAGCGGUUAAAAUCUACAUCGUCUUGAACAUCAUUGUCGGCUUCUUGUACAUUAUUAAUGAAAUAGCCCCCAACUUUAAUACCCAAGACCAGGACAAUGGGAAAUACAUGGUGCACAUGUGGCGAAACGGGUUCCUAUUUGCAAAUGAGGAUUAUCAAAAUCAGAUCGAAUAUGAUAUGAAUAUUUUUGAAAAAAUUGUGAUGAUUUCGAUCUACGUGUUAUUCUUGAUCCUCGCCUCAGUAUCCCAGUUGAUUCACGGACUGGUCUUUAUUUUGUCCCUGGCCGUCCACGAAAUCGUGACAGAUUCUGAGAAAAGUCUGGCUGCUAAGAAUUGCAACUUGAAAAUGAGCAUAAUGCAGCUGGUCGAAAUGCGGAAAAAAAUCGGGGCUAUCAACCAAAUCAGUGGGCCUAUUCUGGUCACCGUUUUCAUCAACGUGUUCAGCAUGUUUGCCACCAUUUUGGGACAAGACAGAAAUAAAGGAUGGGGUUUUUGGGUACUUUUCUUCUUCAAAUAUUCCAUGGACUUGGCGAUAUUUAUCAUCGCGGCGCAAGCAAAUAGUCAGGCUGUUACAUUGGAAAAGUCUGUCCUCUUCUCAGCAAUAGAGAGGGAAUCAUUUACAGACGGGAAAAAUUCUGAGGGCAGGACUGGAAGUCAGGUACCGAUGAUGCACUGCUUUCUGAAGACUGCGCCUGGAGAGGUUGGACUGGUUGGGUGGAAAUUCUUUCGGAUUACGUACCCUUUCCUUGGAUCGGCACUCAGCGUCUGCCUAACGUAUACGAUGAUAUUACUGCAAUUUGUCGCCGCGCCGAAGAAGGAGUGAUUAUCUUGUUUUAAACUUUAAUAUAGAAUUGUAUAGUUUCCUAUUUUAUAAGUUAUCAAAGACAAAUGGGAAAUACGGCGUCAAUCAAAUCAAUCAACUUCUGACUUAUUCGCAGAAGAAAGAAAGUAAAUUGACUAAAUUACAUUUGUGGUUCUUUGUCAGUAUUUUUGCACGAAACCAUUUAUU